AUGACUAUCGGGGCAGUUCACAUCUCUCCAGCCGAGGCUCGAGAAUGGGCGACACAGGUACUAAAGCACAUCGGUGUCGGUCAUGAACACGCCGUUGUCGUUGCGAAUGCCCUUGUUCUGGCAGACCUGCGAGGAGUCGACACCCAUGGCAUCAAUCGAUUGCCCGGCUACAUCGCACGGAUCGAAGCUGGAUCCCUGAAUAUAUCUCCCUCACUCCAUAUCGAGCAGAAAACCCCAGUGAUGGCGUCCAUCGAUGCCGAAAGCUGUUUCGGCUUCGUCGCCGGGCACGAAGCAAUUGAGCAGUGCAUCAGCAUGGCCGAGACUUUCGGCGUAGGUAUCACAGCCGUCAGAAACAGCAGUCACUUUGGCAUGGGAGCAACAUAUCUUCUGCAGGCGAUCGAACGAGGCUUCGGGGCAAUGGUUUUCACGAAUGCAAGCCGCUCAAUGCCGCCUUGGGGUAGCAGAGAGCCACUUCUGGGGACAAGUCCGAUGGCUGUUGGGUUUCCGGGCGGUGCAAAGGGCGAUUUCGUGCUGGACAUGUCGCCCUCUGUUGUGGCCAGGGGCAAAGUCCGCAAAGCCGCCAGACGAGGCGAACAAAUUCCAGAGGGCUGGAUGCUUGACGCCGAAGGCCGAGCGACAACAGAUCCUCACGCUGCCCUUAAAGGCACAGUGCUCCCUAUAGGAGGUCCCAAAGGCUCAGGCUUGGCCGCCAUGAUGGACAUAUUCGGUGGUCUCCUGACCGGUGCUUCCUUCGCGGGCGACGUCCACGACCAGUAUUCAGACGUAACUAAGCCGCAAGGUGUCGGGCAUUGGUUCAUGGUUUUUAAACCGGAAGCAUUCCUUGGAUCCAAAGAAGAAUACAUUGAACGGAUGGAUACUUUGCUCCAUCGUAUUCGAAAAUGUGAUCCAGCGCAAGGGGUGGCGCAGAUUUACACGCCUGGUGAGAUUGAGGCGGAUAGGCAGAAGGUAAGAGAGAAGAAUGGUAUUCCUUACACGCCGCAAGAGAUCGAGGCUCUUCAUGAGAUGGCAUUCUCGCUGGGCUGCAAGGCCAAAUUGGUCGGAUAA